AUGAUGCGACGGACGGGUGAAAUGCAUGCGGAUCCAAACAAUUUUACCACACCGCUUCAUGUGGGACGCUGCGGAGAUGGCGAUUCGUGUGAUGGCGUUUCACUCACUCGUAGCACACAAACGGAUUCUAUACUUGCGCGGCGGUGGGAUUUUGUGACAUUAAAUGUUGGAGGGACGCCCUUCACGACUACGGUUUCAACUCUGUGCUCUGAACCUGGCAGUUUGCUGGCGGUGAUGGUCCAGUCUGAGCUUCGAGACUCCUUUCAUGUAGAGAAGGAUGGAAACUCAGCAAUUUUGCUUGAUUUAGAUCCAACAUACUUUGCUCCUGUACUAAAUUACUUGCGACAUAAGGUGUUGGUUAUACCUCCCGGUGUCCCAGAGGCUGGUGUGCUGGCUGUGGCGGAGUACCUAAAUUUGAGGAGUUUAAUACGGCGAAUGGAACCCGAACGCCCCAUGAGACGUCAGUUGUUAUUUAGUUGGGGUUCGGGUUCUUGUGGGGAGCUCGGCACGCAGCGGUUCGAGGACUGCAAUACCCCAACAUUUGUGCAAAUAACGCCGUUUGGUGUUCAUGUAGUGGAUGUUGCCCUGGGUGCUAGUUAUAGUUGUGUACUCGCCAGUGACGGUAAUGUUUAUACUUUUGGAAAUGGGGACUGGGGACAAUUAGGGCUCGGUCACACACCAGAGGUGGAGCAGCAUCCGGAGGACACAACGACUGUAGUGACGGUGCCGCAGCGCAUUUCGAUGUUUGAGCGGGAACCGGCGGUGCAUGUGGCAGCCGGUUAUGCCUUCGCCGUGGCCCUGACAGCAGAUCAUCAUGUAUACUUUUGGGGAAACAAUAACCACGGCCAGAGUGGAUUGGGGCCACGCAGCUUCCAUUGUUCACUGCGCAAAGUGGAGGAACCAACUCUAGUCACAACAUUAGAGGGUAAACAUAUUGAGCAGUUGAGCUGUGGUAGUUUCUUUACCCUUGCUCUGGGUACUGAUGGCACGUUGUACAGUUGGGGGUUAUUGGAUUGUCUUGGCCUUGGAAGUGAAGCAGAAGUGCGUGCUAGUGUUACGGAUAUAUCUAUUAUUGGUAAGUCGUUGAGUGCGGAGGAGCGCACGGUUGUGCUUGAGCCACAGGUAGUGCGGGUUCCAACUGAGCACAAACUUGUUCGCAUCCACGCCGGUCAAUGGCACAGUGGCGCUAUUAAUGCCGCGGGUGAGCUCUUCACAUGGGGUGUUGGUUACCAAGGCCGUCUCGGUCACGGUGACAAUGGACCGGUAAUGCGUCCAAAAAAAGUUGUGGGUGCACUCACCGGUCGUCACGUUGUUGAUGUUGCUUGUGGUUCCUUUCAUACCGUAGCUUUAACCGACCGCGGUGCCGUGUACUGCUGGGGCGAUAACACUUCUGGGCAGUGCGGUGCCCGUCCAACAACCGACACAAUAACUUCACCGUAUCGAGUAGUAAAUCUUGAAUUUGUUGCAGGUGGUGUGGCGAGGGCCAUCGCAUGUGGCCGGCAGCACACCGUAGUUGUGAUGGAGGGACCUCAGUCAUGGUGUCGGCGCCCGUGUUGCCAAUUAGGUCCAGAUGGCAAACCAAAAGGAACACACGGUCAAGUCUUUACAUUUGGUGGGGUUACAUGUCCGGAGGGUUCCGUCUCGAGUGGUGCCAGCAGCGGCAAUAUGAAUAAUAAUAAUAAUAACAACAACAAUAGCAACAGUAGCAAUCAACAUUAUUAUAAUGUUGGCUCCAACAACAACAACAACAACAAUGCGAGCAAUAACCUUGGUGGUUGUAAGACCCAGGGUGGGAUGGUGAAUCGUCAGUUCCGGCUGGUUCCAGGUUUAGAGGAAAUGAAUGUAACAAAUGUUAAGAGUGGAUUGCGUCACAAAUUUGUCUUCGCGGAGGAUCGUGGUGAUGAUUUCCCAACAACUUAA